CAGGAGAAUGUUAUAAAUUAGCAACAUGGCAGAGGCUGAAUACAAGGAUGUAAGAGUUGAGGAAACAUUGCGUGUCAAAAUAGGUGAAGCUAAAGAUUUGCCAGCAACAUCUUUUUCUAGCAGCUCCAGAAACACAUGCUGCGCCAUUAAGAUAGAUUCAGAAGAAAUUUUUAGGACAAGUAUAGUCGAGAAAUCUCUAAAUCCCUUUUUUGGUGCAGACUUUAAAGGAGAAAUUCCCAAAAAAUUUCGCUUAUUGUCAUUUUAUGUGUAUGAAGUUGGAAACAAAAACAAGGUUUUAGGAAAAGUUUCCUUGAAAAAGGAAGAGCUCUACAAAUAUCAUCAGAAAGAGCACUGGUUUCCACUGACCUAUCAAGAUGGCGAUACUGAAGUACAAGGCAAAGUACAGGUGGAGAUCCGGCUAGAUGAGUGCCUUAACUCCUCGGAUAGCUCACACAGGGUCGCUGUCAAGGUGUUGGAAUGUAGUGACCUGCCAGUCAUUAAUGGCUCAUGCAACCCCUAUGCUGUGGUCACUCUCUCAAGUGGCAAGACAAAGAGUAAAGACAUCAGGAAGACAGUGGUCAAGAAAAAAACAAUCUGUCCACAGUUUGAGGAGACUUUCUUCUUCCCUAUUGAGAAAUCUCAAGGAGUCGAGAGAAGUUCUUCCUAUAUAGUAGAUGAUGUUGUUUCUCUGGAGGUCAGUGUUUCUCUGUUUCAUGAUGACUCCAAAGUAUCUCGUGAAAUGUUAGGUCACAUGUUCAAAGGCUGUUUCCUUGGUGAAGUGAAGAUACCUAUAGUGUUUAAUGACUUGAAUAGACCACAUAAAGCCUGGUACUGUUUGCAAGCCAAAGAACAUAGUAGAAGCAAUGAAUUGUCUCUGGGAUCUAUACGUCUGAGAAUCAGCUACUCUGAGGAUUAUGUUUUCCCAUCCAAAUAUUAUGAUGGUUUAAGAAAUCUCAUUUUACAGUCAGCUAAUACUAAGCCUAUCACAUCCAGUGCAGCUUUUAUUCUGGGUGAAAUUGUAAACAGGGAGAGCGCAGCGCAGCCAUUGGUCAGACUCUUUCUAAAUCACGGUAAACUGAUUCCCCUAGUACACGCCUUAGCCAACUGGGAAAUGUCGACUACAAUUGAUCCCAACACAUUGUUCCGAGGCAACAGCCUUUUGACCAAGAUGGUGGAUGAGCUCAUGAAGAUCCUGGGACUGCCCUACUUACACGACACGCUCAAAUCCUUUAUAGAACGGGUAAUCUUUGAAUCCAAGCCUUGUGAGAUUGAUGGAUCAAAACUGAGAGAUGGAGAGAAUGUAGAAACCAAUCUGGAGAACUUGUAUGGUUACGUGAAGGAUGCUGUGGAUAAAAUUGUUAACUCAGCUCUUGUAUGUCCCUCUGGCAUGAGAGAUGUAUUCUCUACUCUUAAAACACAAGCAAUGCUCAACUAUCCUGAUAAUACAGCUGUUCGUUAUCAUGCUGUGACUAGUUUUAUUUUUUUGAGAUUCUUUAUGGCAGCAAUCUUAGGCCCAGUGCUUUUUGAUCUCCGCUCUGAAAAUCCAGAGCCAUCUGUACAAAGAACUUUGACCCUGAUCUCUAAAGGUGUGUCUGGAUUGGUCAAUUUUGUCAGCUCAAAAACUAAUAGUUAUACCAUGAAAGAAGAGUACAUGAGUCCACUUUAUGCAAAGUUUCAUGAAUCAACGCAGACAAAUAUCAAAAUGUUUAUAGAUAUCAUAUCAUCAAGCAGUGGCUCACAUUUCAAAGAUAUUGAGGCUCCAAUCAUUCUCAAAGAAGGGUUCAUGAUUAAAAGAGCUCAAGGGAGGAAAAAAUUUGGUCUGAAAAACUUCAAGAAAAGAUUUUUUAGGCUGACUAAUCAAUCAUUGUCCUACUACAAGCAUAAAGGUGAGAAGCAACCUUUGUUUGAAAUCCAUAUUACUGAUAUAUUAGCAGUGGAAAGGUUAGAAGAAGAAUCCUUCAAAAUGAAAUAUAUGUUUCAAGUAGUUCACACCAAGCAAGCUUUAUAUGUCCAGGCCAACAACUGUGUGGAAGAAAAAGAAUGGUUGAACCUUCUAAUGAAUAUUUGUAAGAGCAAUAAGAACAGACAUCCCAGUUAUCACCCCGGUGCUUUUAUCAACAACCAUUGGCUGUGUUGCAAGUCCACUGACCACUCCUUGUCUGGAUGUACUCCAGUGACCAGUGGGUUACAGCUGACCAACAUCCAGACUGAUUUUGAUUCUGACAGGGAGGUGGAGAAGAUACACUCACUCUUUUUGGACCAGAUAGAUAAAUUAGAUGCUCUACAAGGCUAUGUGGAUGCAGAAGAUAUUGAAUAUAAUGAAAUUUGUGGAGACCAGGCAGUGUACCAUGGUGAAGUUGGCAUGAACAAAGUUCAAGGCCUGGGGUCCAACAUUGAGGACCCUUCCUCUUGCUACCAGACCAUCGCAGAGAUUCAGAAGUGUGUUAUCACCUUGGAGCAGGAGCACAUCCAGUAUAUGAGAUCUGUCCAGCGUAAGACUGUCAUUGGAUCCAUAGACACACCAAUAGGGGAUGAAAGUAAUGCUGAUUUACUGCGAAACAUGCACAGAUCUUCCGAGCGCCUCAGUCGCCAUGGUAGUAGAUCAUCCAACGCCAGCAAUAUCAGCCGAAGGUCAUUCAGAGGAAACAGGAGUCGUGGCGGAAGCUUCAGGGAGAGGGACAAAACUAGGCAUGAGGGAGAAGGAGUGAGAAAGUCUUUAAGUGGGGACGUUGCUGUGUCCAGUAAAAAUCUGGCUGUGGACUUCAGAGCCGAGGUCAAAAAGGCAGCCAGUUAUGAUGUCAUGGCUACUGAGUGUGAUUCAGUCAAUACAAGUCAGGGUAACAAUAGCUUUCAUGACCAGGGAAAACCUGAUGUGAUCUUUGCAAUUGAAGCAGACAGAGAUAGUGCUUCUGAGAAUGUGUUUAACUCUAACCCCUCUGCAAAGAAUCUAACUGUUGAUCCACCUCGUUCCCCAAAGAAGAGUACAGGCUUCUCCCCUUCCUUUAACCCAGAACCAAAGUCUGCAAGAAGCUCAGGGCACUCUGAUGUAGAGGCCAUGAGGGCUGGCUCUACUAAUGGUAGCAUCAUAUCAUUUACCAAUCACAUUGAGGUCACAGCUUCUAGUCACAACUCAUCCGGGGUGCUUGAGACAUCACUGGAGACGAAUGAUGCCAUAACCACCAUGUCCAGCUCUUCCAACUCUGUUGACGGCAGUAUUAAGCGUGACGCUUGGAAGGACGAUGAUCAGACAUGUCAGGGGACGUCUGCCCACGCAGACACAAACAGUUACGCCACUCCAUCCUCCCCCACUCGUGCUAACCCAUCACCACAUUGUGCACAGCCCUCCGAUCUCCUAUGCUGUGGCUCUAAAACACUUGAGGUAGAAGUACUUUUACACAACCACCAACAUCCUGCCAACAUUCCUGAGCGUCCCCAUGACUUUGCUGAACCUUUGCAAUCCUUUGCUCAGCCCAGGCCAGCCACCAAAGUUUUACUCUCUACCAACAGUUUAGAUUCCAGUCAAGGCCAUGAGCAGGCUACUCAUAUCUUCAAAAGACAGCUGUCUCAGCCAGCAUCCUCAGGACACAGGGUCUAUCAUGACACAUAGGGGAAGUAACUCUAUAUGUAUUUCUCCUUAUGUAUAUCCAUAUAAAUGUUAGCAUAUAUUUGAUUGCCAUAAUAUAUUGAAUUCACAAUAUUUAAAUUUAAUUUUCUUUACCUUUUUUUUUCAACACACACCAUUUUAUUUUUUCUCUGUUGAUUUCUCUAAAUGUUUAUAUAUAUACUUGCAGCCUGUAUUUAUCUGUACAAUCAAGUUAAUAUUCUUAUAAAACUUGUGUCUGAAAGAAUUUAUUUUUGUAUGCAAGUAUUAGCUCUCUAACUCACACUCUCCGGCCUAAAAACUGACCUGACACUUAUCAAUUGUGUUCAAACCUAAAAAACAAAUUUUUGUUUACCUACAUGAUGUAACUAUUUAUACACUUUUUUUUCCUUGUUGUUUACACUAUGUUGUAUGUAUUCUUCAAGUGCUUGUGUUGUACAUAAUAUCAAAAUAAGCCAGUUAGCAUCCAGUUCAUUUUUUUUUUUUUUUGUUUGGCACUGCCUGAUUGGUAGAGCACAAUUUUGCUUCAUUCCAGAUGUUGACCAUGUUUUAAAUACUAAUUGUUAACACUAGUUACAAAAUUAGUGUUGGAAUUAGGAUGAGGUAACUAAAGUAAAGUUUGUUCUUUUUCCCUACUGUGUUUUUGAGAAGUUCACAUUUUGACUUUUUUGUUCUCCUUCCUGAGUAAGAAUGGUAAAACAUAGCUUCCUAUAGUGCUUGUUUUUUUUCUAAUUAUUCGUUGAGUUUGGUGUCUAUUUGAUGCUAGUUGUUUAGAUAUACAUAUAUAUAUGGCUGCCUGGUCGUGAGGUUUGCGCGCUGGACUGUCGUUCGGAUUUAUCGAUGGUCGAGGGUUCAAAUCCUGCCCGCUCCCAUCCCCCGUCGUCCUGCGGGAGGUUUGGACUAGGAAGUAAACUAUCUUCAACUCUGAAGGAACAUCCAAAACAUGUAAAACAUUUUACAAACAUAUAUAUAUUUUUUUUUUUUUUCAAAUUUUAAGAGUUAUUGGUUUUAAUAUUUUUAAAAAAUCUUUUUCUUUUUGAAUUUACACAAAUUAAGAUUUAUUUUUUUUUUCCCUCAUCUAGUCACUAUGUUUUUUUUAAAAUUCAUUUUCAUUUGUUCCCCCCUUUCUUCUUCUCGACGUGUAGUAUUCCAGCCAAUAGAUCAUUGAUUUGCCAGUUAUUUUAUCAACAGGUCAGAAUUAGAAUUGGUUGGUCACAUGACACAACUUUUUUUUUGUCACAUGACUUGCAUAAUUUUAAAAAAUAAAUACAUUUAUUGAAGUGAAAGUCUGUGUAAAUAUAGAUUUUUAUUUUCAAAUCCUGGUUUGAAAUCUUAGAAAUAAAUGUGUGUUUGCAAUACUAUAAGACAUGCAUCUAUUUAGACUGCAAGAGUAGACUAUUUCUUUUUGAACAGUGAUAUUGGAAGACUGAAGUUUUUUUUUAUUAUUAGGACUGGUGAAUGGCAUAAAAUGUACCUCAGCACAAAAUGCUCUAUGUUGGUAACUUUAAUUACAUGUUCUAUAUUGACAACUUUAAUUUCAUGUCUGCCAUUAUGCAUUAGUUGUAUAGGUAAGACUUGCCCUUUUCAUUUCAGCAGUAAGUUAGAUUACCGGAACUAGAAUAUUACAUUCUGAUGUGAUCAACUGGGAGCUAGCUUAAGCAGCAGUGUUUUGGGUAAUAGUUCCCGUUUCUGAGUUACUGUUUGAUAAUAGCUUCUACACAUUCAAACCAAAUAGUCAUAAUACUCAGUUGAACAUAUAUAUAUAUAUAUAUAUAAGUCAUGUGACCACUAGGUGGGCCAAUCAAAAGCUGUUUAUGAAGACUUAUAAAUCUUAUAUUCCUUUUUUAAAAUUGUAAAAGCAUGGUAUUUUUUUUUACUUACUUGUGCAUUGAAUUGAGGACUUUGUUGAUUGUUGUUUUGUAAGUCUGGAGUGCCAUUAUGUCUCUCUUUCUGUGUUAUCUCAUGACUAUUUUGGAUGCAGAGAGGAGGAAAGCUGUAAAGUAUUGGAAAGCUGAUGUGCUGUUAGCCAAGGCCAUGAUCCUAGUUUGAGCUAGUGAUCUGUAUUUAGUGAUCACUUGUUUGCUUCUGACACAUGCUCACUGUUGUCUCACUUGUUGACUAGUAUCUGUGAUGGAAUUUUUUUUUCUCUCUGUUAGGUCAGUUGAACUACACAUUUUUUUUCCCUGGAAUAACCAUCUGUUACAUGUAUAAGUAAAGGUCAUCUGUUUCUGUGGCCCACGGUUAAUGAGAGUGUCAUGUGGCCAGCACAAGUAUCAACCGAUUUUACUUUCCCCAACUAAUGUAAAGUACCCAUUAGAGCUGGGUGGACUCAGAGGCGCCUAAAGAUCCCGAAAUUCAAAAUUCCAGUUUUCACUAGGAAUUAAACCCGGGACCACCGGUUCAGAAGUCAAGCACUUUACCACUCAGCCACAGCGCCGCCAUGUGUAAAAUGUGCUUGUGUUUAACUUCAAUACAUUUAGUGCUCUACUAAAAAAUCUCAACUUGAAACAGUAUCCAUAUCAACCAUGGGGCAUUGCCAUUUAGAUGGGAGUCUCUUUGGAGAUAAUUGUUGAACUCUAUGAUGGAUUCAUUUUGUUUUGAAAAUGAUUGUUGACAGAGGACCAAAGAUUGUGUUGUAUUUGAUGGCGGACACUUUGAAGUCCAAUGUGAACAGAAUGGAAUUCACAGUAUAUUGCACAAAUUAACUUUUGAAUGACACUAUUUGGGUUUUGGAAUAAGAUAUAAAAUUGUAACUCUUGCUUUUUGAAAACCAAAAUAACAUUGAUAGAUUUUACAUAGCCAGAGAUAGAGAAUGUAAAAACCAAAUGAAAUGUUUCAACUUAUUUUUUAUUUAGAAUCAGAGACAAUUUCAAGACUUCUACUAUCCCACAAAGUUACAUGUUAACAUUCAAGGAGUUGUUUUUUUUUAAAUCCAUCAUUCUGAAGGCAUUAAACAAAGCUACAUUACUUAGUGUACCAACCAUUCAAAAAGUAAAUGCAUAGCUUGUACUUCCUGUUCACUAAAACAUAAUGUCUGUUUUUGUGACAGGUCAGAGUGCUCCAUGUCCUUGGCACACUCUUAUAUGCACACAUUAUCCCAAGACGAUUUUGAAUUAUGUGUUGUUGUUUUUUUUUAUAAAUUUCCAACUACCUGUUGUCAAGUCAGCUUUUUAACACUUUGUUUUGUUGUGGAUGUAAGAUUCUCAUGUGCCAGAAUGUUGUGUUACUUACUUAACUUCUAGAUGGACAAUUAAUAAAUACAAACAAUAUUAUAAGUAUGUCACUGUUUUACCAUCAUAAUAUUGAUACUUAAACCUAAGAAGCUAAUGAAUUGAAUUUUGUUAAGUUGUAAAUCUUUCGUCUUGGGUUUUUAUGUAAAAGAAAUAUUUUUUUAUAAUUUGAUUAGACACUAUGUUUUUUAAAGUGAAAUCCAAGCAUAGGGUUUAUUAUUUCUAUCACAUUGUUUUUAGCCCUAAAUUAUGUUAUUUAGACUUGGGUCUUCUGUUGCAGUUUUUGUGUGUUUUCAAACAAAGAUUUUCCAUUUUCUAUUGUUUGGUAUGAAAUAGUAGAAGCCACAUUAAGGUGUACUAUUUUUCUAUUUGUGAUAUGUAUAAUUGACAUAUGGUUAUAUGUGUUAUGUUGUUUUAUCUUGUAUUCUAUUUUGUCUGCUCUCCACAUGGAACAUUCGUGUACAUAUAUUUUAUGCAUAUUUUUUCUUCUGUCCAAGAUUUUAAUUUCAUGUUCCAUUUAUUUGUGCCAUACAUAGUUUAUUCCAAUUCAGCUGUUAAGAGCAGUGUUUGUUGUGUUUAGCACCAUGAUACAGGACACAUUGGUCUGUCUGUUGUUUUCUUUAUUCCCAUCAAGUCAUCUGUGACUUGACAUAUUAGUUUGGUUCAAGAUUGACUUACAGGACCAGUAUUAUCUCCCUUGACAGGUGUGAGUGAAGUGUUGUAUCAAGGUUUUGUUCGAAAUUUGGAUAAUCAUUUUUUUUUUAGCCAUUAGUUUGGUUUGUUUGCUCAUUAUUAUUGGCAAUUUCAGAAAUUAUUGACCAUAAUCUAGUUACUAGUUUAAAAGAUAGGGUAGCUAGACUUUGUUUCUUUAAACUUCAUACUACUCCUACACUCAUUCCUUUAAUAGUAUCAAUCCUAAAGUUGCGCAUAAAUAAUCAUUUUAAAAGUCAUUUUUGAUUUAGUUGGUUCCAAUACUAUACUUUGAAUCAAGGAGACACCAUUGCAAAAUGGUCAGUAGUAAUAAGAUAAAAAAAAAUUACUUGCAUAUUUCUUGGAGUUUUUUUUAGAUAAAAGGUGAGGGCAAUUUUAUAAUUUGAUCUACACACAUUUUUUUUUAUUCAUUAAUAUAGAUCAAAUUAAAAAAUAUGCGAUAUUUUAAAAACAAAUGAUAAAUGUUUUAACCUUCCUUCUAUACACCUGAAAAAUUUAUUCCUGGUCAAAUGGUAUGCACUUUGAACUGUCUUCUCAAUUUUCCAAGAGGCUCAUUUUCUGCACACUGCCAUCCCGUCAUCAUGCAGGAGGUUUGAACUAAGAUGUAGAUUAUCUUCUACUCUGAAGGAACAUCUGAAACAUGUAAAACAUUUACUAACAAAUGAGCGAGAAGAAUGUGAUAUUGAAGUAGAAAAUACUAAUUUCACUAAAGAAAGAUUGUUUAUAAUGAAGUUGCCUUGAAUUCUGGAAAUAUUAGUAGAUUUUUUUCUUCAAAUAUAUUUCUUUUAAGCAGAAACCAAUUCAAAGCAGUAUUUUAUUCAAGAAAUAUUGAUUGUUCAUAGUUAAAUACUAUUUAUUUAAAUUUACAGUUGAAUUUAUAUAUAUAUACUCUUUUGGCUUGAUAACUUACAUGACAAUAUAAGACCCAUUCUAUCUUGAAAGACCUUGGUGGUGCCCAUUAACUCUAGUAGGUUACAGUCAUGGGCCUUUGAUAAAGUAUUAAAGUUUUACAGUUGGCACCAACUGGUUGUCUCAUUGUUCCUUCAGAAAGGAAGGUUACUAUUAUGUAGCACAAGUGUCCUGCAUGGGAUUCUAGCAUACAGGGCUCAAAUCCAUGAGCGUCAAUAUGAUAGUUGAUAGCUCAUACCAUGACGUUCCCUACACUGUCACUCUAAUUUUAUCUUUUUUUUUCUUUCUGAACAACUGUCUCGCACUGAUAUGGGCACUUGAGGUCUGCAAAAGAACUUUUUCUGUUGAAUGGAUUUCUGUGAAAAAAUGUCAUAUUAUUUUUAACAAUCAACAAAUUUGGUUGGAAUCUUUGCAACAAUAAUUCAGGCUAAGAAGUUUCUUUUUUUUUUAACAUUUUUUAAAGAUGAUCACUUUGAAUCAUUCAUAGAUUUUUUAAUUGAUUUAUUACCUAUUAGAUAUUAAAAUAUUAAAGAUGUUCUGAUAAUUGAUAGACGUCUGCUGCUUGUAACACUAGUUCUGAUAAUUGAUAGACGUCUGCUGCUUGUAACUCUAGUUCUGUUCUGAUAAUUGAUAGACGUCUGCUGCUUGUAACACUAGUUCUGAUAAUUGAUAGACGUCUGCCGCUUGUAACACUAGUUCUGUUCUGAUAAUUGAUAGAAGUCUGCUGCUUGUAACUCUAGUUCUGUUCUGAUAAUUGAUAGAAGUCUGCUGCUUGUAAACACUAGUUCUGUUCUGAUAAUUGAUAGACGUCUGCUGCUUGACUCAAGUUGAAUUAGAAAUUAUUAGAAAAAAAUGUUUACAUUAUGUUGUAUCUGGUCCACUCGCCUCUCUCAAUAUUAAAUGUGUGCCCUACUAGGACAUUAAGUACGCUUGGAAUGUGAUUAUAUAUUUGUUGAUCUGCCCUGUUGUAUAUCUUGCACUACUUCCGAACAAACUUUUUUUUGUAUGUUGACCACCGCUAAAAAAAAACCUGACAUAUAACCUGUUGCCUUGAUAUGUUAUGUGAACAACGAGAUAUUUCAGUAUCACCUUCAGCUACAGUCUUUACAUGUCUCAUUGAGCUGUUUUUUUUAAUUAAAUUCUUUUUUGUGACAUGUUUCAGUACCACCUUAAACUCUAUGUUUUAUGUCUCAUUGAGCUGGGUUUUUUUUAAAUAUUUUUGUGUAACAAUGAUAAGUUUUGACUAAUAUUGACUUUACUUAAACCUUGAUAUUUCCUAUAGCAGUCCUGAAUAUUGAUGUAUAUUGUUGUGAACAGAACAGCAGUGCAAGUUUGGUGCAGAACAAAGUUUAUAUACUAGGAUCUUAAAAUGACUUAAACAUCAGUCUCAUUCAUCAAUCUAACAAUUUUACUUUGGUAUCUAUUGCUAGUGAACAUGUCUGUCUUUCAGGUAUACAUUGAAUUGCAUGUCACUAAAUUAGUUAACUUGGCAGCAACCAUUCUGGACUGUAUUUGAUUAGGCUUAAAAAUGGUUGAUAUAAUCUGAUAUAAAAAAAAUGUUGAUAUAAUCCGAUAGAAUCAUUGACAUUGAAACUUGAUUACAGUGUUCCACCUGAAGUGAGUUCCUUUGCUGUGGAUUAUAUCAACAAUGUACAAAGGGAUCUUUCCUGUUUCUCUGGUGUGUAGCUAGUGUCAACUGGAACUUAGGAGCAGAGUAUGCUGUGGCUGAGGGGUAAAGCACUUGGAUUCUGAACUGGAGGGUCCUGGGUUUGAAUCCUGGUGAAGGCUGGGAUUUUUAAUUUUGGCAUCUCUUGGGCAUCACUGAGUCUAUCAUUUUCUUUCCUCAUGGAACAUAGGGCCUCAGUAAAAACAUGCCACUCUCCACAGUCUGUUGCUAGUUUUUUUUAAUGGCUUCCUAGCUCUUUCCUGUCCUUUUGGUCUCAUCUAGUACACUGCGUCGCCAUGAUCUUUUUGGUUAUUCACUUUGUCUUGUGCCCUGAGGGUUCCACUCUAAGGCCUGUCUAGCUCUGCUGUUGGUAUUUUUUCUAAGAGUGUGACCAAUGCAUCGCCACUUUCUCUCUAAGUUCUGCACCUCUAUAUUUCUCUGUCCGCCCCUGAUUCCACCCAGCUCUAAUGGUUACCUGACAUUAGUUGGGAAAAAGUAAAGGCAGUUGGUCGUUGUGCUGGCCACAUGACACCCUCAUUAACUGUGGGCAACAGAAACAGAUGACCUUUACAUCAUCUGCAUGGUCUGAAAGGGAAACAUAACAUUUUUCUAGCCAGUACAUUGUGUUUCAUGACUUUACUCCCAUAAUGUUAUUGCCCCUUCCCCUAAUAUUUUGUAGAUGAUAUAAAGGUUGGAACUCUUGUGUAGGAAGUUCCUUCAGAUUGAACACUGCAAUCAAGUCUCACUGUUAAUGAUUAUGAUACACUUCCAACAGAGCUUGGUUCAAACCUGUUCUGUUGUAGGACUUUGCCCCAAAUCUGCUUGCUGGUCAUUUCAGUUAUGCUGUUCACACCCACAUCAUUAAUCUUGAUUCUUUCAUAACCGGAUCAACUUAAUUCAUUCACUCUCCAAUGUUUAAUUUCAAUCUAAUGACUAACUCAUUUCAAUCUAAUGACUAACUCAUUUCAAUCUAAUGACUAACUCAUUUCAAUCUAAUGACUAUUUCAUUUUAAUCUAAUGACUAACUCAUUUCAAUCUAAUGACUAGCUCAUUUCAAUCUAAUGACUAACUCAUUUCAAUCUAAUGACUAACUCAUUUCAAUCUAAUGACUAGCUCAUCAACACAGAACUAUAUCCUUGUCUGACAGACAUGUUCACUGUAAAAGAAAAAAACAUUUUAAAUUUUUCAUGUAAAGUUUCUCCUCUACUGUAUGCAACAAUUUAUUAAAAUUGUUACGACCUGUGCAGGUGCUCCCAAACUUACAGACUCUCGCAAACAAAUCAGAACUAGUUUUUGACCAUUGUUAUGUAUUGCUCUUUAUUUUCCAAUAUCAUUACAGCCAUAGGUGAGAAUCCUGGUCAUAAUUUUGUUUCACAAAUUCAUCAUUUGUAGAUAUGGCAGUGGAUUAGUUAUAUUAUGUAACAACUCUUUAAAUUAGAUUUAUUGUAAGCUGUGAAACACUUGUACAGAAGUGAAAUAUUUGUUCAGAUGAUUUUUAGUUCACAUUUUCUGUAAUACUUUUUAGAUACUUUCAGUUACAUUACAAAAUAGAAUACUUUUAUUUGCAAGUCAUCAUUUUUCAUUUUUACUUGUCCUUAGUAUUUUGUCUCUUUAUUACUUCCAUUUUUAAUGUGUCUUUUUUUACUUCCCUUUUUUAAUGUCUCUUUUCUUUGUCACAAUUUUUUUGAUGUAUUAAUAUGUCAUCACCAAAGGAACAGUAUUGCAUAAUCUUGUUGAAAAGCUUAAUUUUCACUGAAUAGUUUACAAGGUAAUAUGCUAGAUUAUAGGGUAAUAAUUAAAUUCAAAUUAAACUGAUUCUGUUUUGAUGCUUUUGAGUAAAAUAGAACUAAGAGAGGAUUUUGGAGAAGUAAUAUUGCUCUGUUCACAUUGUAUAUAAAAUGGAACCACACAGAGAAAUGUUAUAUUAUGUCAUUCCAUGGUGCUACUUUAUCUACAAACAUCCAUUCAAUAUAUUGUUGCCCUAUCAAUUGAAAAUAAUAUGACUUAGUAGACUAGCAUCCAUAGCCUACUCUUUUUUUUUUUACAGCCGUACAUCGUAGAAAAUACUUAUUUAUCAAUAGGUUAGAACAUGCUUGUUUAUCAAUAGGUUAGAACAUGCUUGUUUAUCAAUUGGUUAGAACAUGCUUGUUUUUACAUUUUAGAUCUAAAGGGAAAAUGACAAUUACAGUAAAAUAGCUGUAAAAAAAAAAUUUGUAGGCUACAUACUUCACUAUGACUGGCCUGAUCGCCUGUACACUUUAACCAUUUGAGAUCCAUGGAGCAGUGUUCCUUGCUAUUUUGUUUCACCUUUCUGUAGCAGUCCCAGCCAAUCAGAUUUAAUCUUUCUUUUAUUUUUUUUCUCAAAUAAAUGUGUGUGUGUCACUGCGAUUGUCACUUAUUUUUUGUUUUCACUACAGCAUGUCACUGCUUUCACAUUAUUAAUGUCACAUAUUAAUUUAACAAUUCCACUACUGUCACAUGUCUUUGUCAUUAUCUGUAUAAGCACAUGUCACUAGUCUUAAAUCACUACUGUCAUGUGCCACUGCAUUUACAUUUGGCUACAAUAGCAUCACUCAUGUUGUAAUCCUCAUCCCUGCUGUCAGAAAUACCUUCAAAUCAUGAUCAUUGUGUAUCACUCCUGGGACAUGGGCAUUUUGAAACCCCUGGAGCCCAACAAUUGAGAUGAAUCUGAUUGGCUGGGACUAGACAAGAGAUGUGGCUUCAAGAAAUAUUGUGUAGAUCUUAUAGGACAAAUAUAUCUUGAUGUUUUAUCUGUUGAGUGAUUAUAUCCAAAUGAAUGCACAAAAUUUUUUUUUUUUUUAAAUUCUUUAUAAGUUUUUAAUAUUGUACAAUCUUGACUCAAAGUUUUCUCAUGUACACUGUGUUUUAGAGAUGACACUGUUCAUUGUAAACUGGCUACAAGUUUUAUCUGUAGGGUUAGAAGAAUAUAUUUCAUUUUAUAAUUUUAUCACAUACUCUUUCCAACAUGUUAUACACUUAGAAUUCUAAUUGUGAAAUAGUUUGUUUUUAUUAAGGUUUGAAAUUGAAUUAGGAGCAGGCGUUUUUUUCUUGUGAAAAUGAGUUUUUAGUUUAGGAUUAGUCAGGCACCAGUUGGCUAUGUUAACAUUAUUAGUAUGGUGAGAUGGUCAUUUCUGUGGCAUUUUACGUCUCGUGAGACGAUCUUUUCCCUUUGCAACUUCUUGUGUGACUAAAGAGGCCAAUCCUUGAUACACAGCUGCGAUCACAGGUUGGGCAUAUAAAAUCACCAGGCGCCAUUGCAUUUUCACCCUUCUUUCUGCUUCUGUUGUGUAUGACAUCUGCAAUCUGUGACCCUUCCUUUAUGCUCUUUAUGGUCAUUAUUGUUUAUUGUAUAGGUUAGUUGGAUAGUAUUUUGUAAUGGUUUAGUGACAUCAUUGCUUUUAUUUAGUUAUCCAACUGCCAACACUAUUAAAAAGAAAACAUAGACAUACAGGGAAAAAAAAAACCCAGCUCUUUUGAUAGAAUUAUGUAUUUUUUUUUUUUUCCUUUUCAACUCUACAUUGAUUGAUUGUGUUGUUAAGGUUUCACUCAUUGAAAGCUAUUACAAAAACUUCAAGCUGCCAACUUACCUCUUUUAGACAAUGGGUUCCUUUAGAACAGAACAAGGAUGGCCUUAGAACAAAUGUUUCUUCUUGUUAGAGUUGGUUUUAAAUCUUUGAAGAAAAUUCCCAGAUUUGUAUUAUUGUUUUGUUGACUCACUUUUUAGUACUUACUCACCAGCAGGUCAGGUAACACUUGCUGACAUUCUUGAAUGUCUGCUUGGACUAGAAGUGGUUCCUUGUUCUGCUGAAGUGUAAGGACAGUUUAGAACUAGUACUUAAAAUAUUCUUCGUUUUCAUUAUCCAUUUGAGAACCAGUCCUAUAUCUGAGCUGAAUUGCACAGUGGUUUCUAGGUCUUGUAGCUCUCCUUACAUUGCUAUGUCUAAAGGGUUGUUUUUUAGGCCAGUGUAUUGUUUGUGCCUCUCAGUAAAGCAUGCAGUUUUGAAGGAACUGCUCAGUAUUCUCUGCAGAUACUCCACAAGGGCAUUAUUACAUUUGUUUUUAAAUUGAGAUUUGUCAAACAGUUAUUCUAUGAAUAAGACUUGUUCUUUAGUUGAUGUUCAUCAAACAUAAUUAUUUAGAUUCAACAAACCUAGCAUAACAAGUCAGUGAGAGUAGCCAAUGUUAGUUGACUUGAAACUUAGCCAGCCAGCACUAGAGUAGGUGAAUGUGUUGAAAUGUACUUCUCAUGGCCUGCACAAAGUUAUUGGUAUUGACAUUUUUGUAUUGCAUACAUUCUGAUAGAACUGUUUGAGCUCAAAUGUACACACAUCACUUGUACAGUACUGCACCUGUUUUCUUUGGUGACCACUUGCUCAAGUGGUCAGUUGUUGUUUAUUUUUGGAUCAGUAAGUCAAUGAAAUGUUUUUGAGCUGACCACAUUGAUCUAGACUGGCUCAAGAUUAGGCAACAUUUUAAAGCAUUCCCAGAACAAAAUAAACAACCAUCAAAUUCUUGUUUUUUUUUACACACUUUAUCAAUUUGUACAAUUUUUAUCAUAAUUUUUAUCUUUGUUAAGAAAAAUUGAAUUAUGUGGACUUGUUUUUAUUUUAAAGUAUGUACUUAGGGGAUAGAGUGGCUUUACAGGGUCAAUCCGAUCCACUCUCUAAAUAUUGAUUCCUUUUGGACAAGCUUCAUUUAUUUAUUUUUUUAAUGUAUAAAAUUUUAUUUUUUUUUUACUUAAGAACUAAUUAAGAUUAUACAUGAUUUUUAACAAAGUGCAUUUCUAUAAGACUUGACAUAACAAUACUUAGUAACAUCAGCACAAAAUGAACAGGUUAGUUAUAAGGUUCAACUACUUUUGUAUGAGUUGAUAGGAUGAGGACCAAGUCAUUGGAACAUAUCAUUUAGCCAUUUUGUUUGUCUUCACUAUUGAGUUCAUGAGGAAGUGUUUUGUUUCACUACACUGUCAACACAUUGACAACACUUUCAACACAUUGACAACACUUUCAACACAUUGACAACACUGUCAACACAUUGACAACACUUUCAACACAUUGACAACACUUUCAACACAUUGACAACACUCUCAACACAUUGACCACACUGUCGACACAUUGACAAUACUGUCAACACAUUGACAACAUUUUUUUUUUAUUCAAAGACUGUCCAUGUCUCAAACACCUUUUUUUUUUUUUUUUUUUCACUCACUGACUAGGGACACAUUUUUCCCCCAUCUAUAGGACUAAAAGGGACACAACUCAAUAAAUUGGUUGGUCGCCAACUAAUUUUUGUGUCUUGUGUAAGAUGAUGUAUUAGCACAUUGAUUACAGUCAGUAUUGAUUCUUACUUGAGCAACUCGUUUACAUGUCUGAGUAUAUACAUAUUUGUUCAAGUAUUUCCAUUGCAUUUUGUUUUCUUUUUUUUUU